CCAAGCAGUAGCUGGGUAUCACAACCAGUAGCCAUGGCAACUCCGCAACACGUGAUGUUGUCGUAUCAGUGGAAUGUUCAGAGCCUAGUGGAGCAAGUCUAUCAAGGCUUACGUCAUCUUGGUAUCAAUGCCUGGAUGGAUGUGCACGGUGGCAUUACAGGAAACAUAAAUGACAGGUUGGUGCUUCUGACCACCGUUAAGAGUCUUAAGAUAGCUAAGUUAAUUUACCGCUGGUCUGUGGGGCGGGCGAGUGCGAACCCUACCUAGACGAGCAACCUGGAAAACAGUUGUAUAAAGCCCAAAACAAUUGCAAAAUGUGAUGCGUACUGCGGACGUAUUAACUUGUCUUAAAAGAAAGAGGCUAUUUUUCACGCGCCCCUGUACAGUGCCUCUGAGGUCGGUUGCAUAAAACGUACAGUCAGGAAAGUGUGAAUGAGCUUGACAUCUGAAGUCCGUGUUGACGUCAGACGUUACGAUUUGGGCGACUGACUCCUGACACCUACCUUGGCGAGCCCCCUUCAAGAAAAACUUUAAACAUUAUCUGUUCUUCUAGAAGACGCUCAUAUUGUAUUUGCGUGUCCUUUGUUUCUGUUUAGUAUGGCUUAUGGAGUGGAUAAUGCUGCUGUUGUUUGCUGUUUUAUGACUUCCGAUUAUUGCGUAAGUUUUAUUCAUUCUUGUGGCCUUCCAUGCCUCCUCCUUUAACUUAUAAUUAACUAUUCUGAUUACCUGUAAUAGUUUUCAGAGCCUGACUCAUACAAGUUCGUAUUAGUACGACCAAAAGGGAAAAUAAAAUUAUCAUUAUUUUUUUUAAUGACAAAUGAAUUCAAGCCCAUGUUGGGUUGUACCAUAAAAAGGCGAAGCAAAGUUUAUACUUCUGUUUUUGUGGUGUAUGCAGGGACAUUAGGAACUUGCUUAGCCCAUUUCAGUAGACCUUCACAUAGAGUUUUUUUAAAAUUCUGGUUGACUCUUUUACAGAUAUGACAACGCUUCAUGGAUACUUUUUUUCGGCAUCGCCUAGGCUUUUCUUUAAAUCUAAUGGUGUGCACUGCUUUCAGGGUUCUAGGAAUUGUAAAAAGGAACUAAACUAUGCUGAUGGACAAACUAAAUCGAUUGUGCCUGUCAUGUGCGAGAAAGGCUUCAAAGCCCAAGGCUGGCUUGGUAUCAUUACAGCUGGCCUCUUAUGGAUUGACUUUAGGUAUAUAGACAAAUGCUUUGCUUCAUUUUGUUCCACCUCGGCUGUUAGUAACUGAAGGAACACAUUUCCCAUUCAUUUACCAGGCGUUAAACUCAUCAUUACAUUUAUAGGGCCUUUUUACCCACGUAGCCAGCAGCUAUGCACAACAGUGUAUUGAAAAAAAAUAAGGUAGACUGCGAGCAGCCUCUUAUUUUCUUCAAAGUCGCUGGGGAAGGACGCGCGAGCCGCGAGAAACGAGGGCGUCUUUUCUCGUCUCGCCCCAGUCCCUUUUUAGCUAAAAGCGUUUUCAGUGCCAACGCGCUCACUCCGUCUACGAACUCGACGGAGCUUAAGAGAACGGGCGGACUGCUUGCAGUCUAAAAGAAGGUUUUUACAUGAGAAAAAGGCUCAACUCCGAUAGGACUGACUGGUUUAGAAUGAACACUAACAUGGCCACCGUUUAAUUUCAUUGUUUUUGGGACACGAAUAUGGCAGACAGUAAGGUCGUGUGAGAACGCUCUGUAUUCUUGUGCACAUGCCCUUCGGCUUCUACAUUCCAGUCCAGUUACAUACUGUACAUACUGUAGCUCAGUGGUAUGUAGUGUACAUAUUGUAGCUCAGUGGUAGAGUAGCUAAACUAGUGACCAUUAACUCAUAACCUCUACUUCCUUUUGGGGCAAAUCGUAUUUUUUUCCGAGGCACCUGACGAGGUUACUUAAUGUGUCUCUUGCUAAGCUAGGCGCAUCACGCGCGAAUGGUCUUCUAGGUAUGAGAGAAUACGAUUUGCCGGCGUGAAAUCUCAAUACCUGGUUGGUCUGCCGAGAGAACGGCAAUACAUGGCAAACUACACACUAGAUAUUAUAACAUAACAAGAAAUAUUGUAAGAAAGCCUAUCCCGACUGAACAGACUGUCUCUGUUCUUCUGUUAUCGAAAAUGAAUUUUGUAUGUCUCAAGACUAGCUGAUCGUUCUGGCAAAGGGCUAUCUAAGAGCAAACCAAACUUUGAGCUAUUUAGAGAGGCUGUCACGUGAUCGUUGCAAGAACUGAUUAUCCCGUUCCCGUCUUUCUGUCCUCUUACAACUAACUGGAGACUCUUCCAGAUCGAAUUCAAAUUUAGUGUGCUACGGUUUGGGGAGAGGGGCAAACUGGACUUGAAAAGAACCAACAAUUCAAACUCAACCCGUAUAAUUUUGACUGAUUUAACAACAGAGCGGGAACGUCAGUUGACGACGGCGCGCGCAAAUCAAACAACCGGCUUGACCAAUGGAAGAGCGGCAAAUUGAGCACCGGAAGUCGUGUUUAGUCCUUUCCGCGCCCUUUCCCGUCGUCAACUGACGUUCCUGUCCUGUUGCUAAAUCAGCCUAUUGACGUCGACGCCGGGACUCGAACCCAAGCCACAUUAGUGAGAGUUCAGUCCUGGUUCAGUCCUAACGGAUGUUUCUUGGUGUUACAUCUACCGUUGCGUCAUCCUUGUUUCUCCUGUUAUGAAUUCAGACAGUAAAUGUUCCCUAUCUACCUCGCUUUUGAGCGCCGGCUACCAGGCAGUCAAAUUAAUUCCUGCAAGCCCAAGUUAGUCCUCGGAAAGAAAGGUCGACUUUUCGCACAAUUUUCGCUCCCCGCUCACAGAAAGUCGGCCAAUGGACAAGUCUACUAAGAAAUCCGAAUUAACUGGCAAUUUCUUUCGUUUUCAUUAUUAGAGAUGGAACUGUGUUCGAAAAUUCCUUAGCAUCCCUAGCAAAAGAGAUCGUUAACGCCCUGGAUUCGGGUGUGCCGGAAAGUGCCAUAAAACUGAGCUCAUCUGAAAUUCCACAAGAAAUGGACCUCCCGACAGUGGACAUCCAAAAGAAACCCGGAAGGGCCUUUUUACACAAACUCACUGGAAAAUUCUUGGCAGUGUUCGCUUCGUAUCUGGCCCAGAUCGACUUUUGAAAAUCAAUAACCGCAAGCCAUAUCCUCGCUGGCGCACGGUACGUCGCCCGAACGGUGACCGAAGGGCGACCGAGGCACGAAGCCGAUCUUGCGAGCCCUCAGUCUCUUGGUUUGCGGUCUAUAGAAUGUGUUACGAAACUGUAACGCGAUCAAAAUAACCCAUUUUUUCAGAGGUUUUCGACGGGUUUUGAUGUUCUAACGACAAACACAUCUCCUUUUGACCCUGUGGUAAAGACAUGUUCAUAUGGACUUCCUACUGAUUUCCUGAAUGUACGCAAUCUAUCCAAAGUUAAACAGCGGCUAUUGACAUACCCUACGUUGCAGACUUAAUUUACUUUUACUUUACAUAAAUGUGUUCAUUUUUGCUCUGCAAAUUUAUGUUUUUUUUUUUUUUUUUUUUUUGAAGAUGACACUAAUAUCCUUUACGCUGUCAAAAAAUUCAGUGAAAUCCAUCUAGACUUGAUAUACAAAAGAAUGCGUUUUCAAACAUGCCAAAGAAGACCUUCAGAAAAGACUCAAAGGGAGCAUUAUUAAAUAUUUUGAAAACCGAAGAGAACUAUACAGAGAACUACAAAAUCAUGGCAAAUCUGAAAAAACAUUUACUUAUAUCUUCUAUAUAUACAUACAGAUUGAAAUUUACAAUAAAUAGAUAAACUUGAACCUGCUUAUGAUAUACUUAAUACAGCGUUUGGGUCCCCUAUGGUUACCGCGUUAACUAUGCCAAAGAGGCUGAGGAGUCCCUUAAACUUUUUACUUAAUUGCAUUAGGCCAAGUCAAGUUUCAUCCCGCGAGUGGAAGCCGCAGUACUGUGGUUUUGAGAGACCACCCUGAAGACACCAGCUACUGGGUCGAGGAGAAACAAAGCAAAAGCGAAAUUCAUUUCUUUAAGAACUACGCCACAAACGGUUACCUGGGUAAGAUGACAUUUUUAAUCAAAAUGAGUUGAUUCUUUUACUAUUAUUUAUUAAAAUGAGUUUUAGAAAGAAAGCAGUACUUUGCUUUGAAUUACACUGAUGUAUAUGCGACACAUUCAUCUUGAACAACCGAAAAUUUGCCAAAGGGUUAACAAAGUUGACGAAGUUUAAAAUGGGUCGGUGUAGCAGCUGCUCGGAAGAGAAGUCACUUAUGGUGCCUAACCCUGACCCCAAGCAAUAAUGAAACAAUUGGAAUCACUGGAAUCACUUUCACAGGGAAAUCUUUGUAUGCAAACUACAACGAAGCAUAUGCAAAAAACAAACAACAACAAUAACGUUCUUCUGAGAAUUCACAUAAAGCACAAGAAAUGUACGGAAUCUUUACUGAACGGGGAUUAUUCAGUUAAGUUAAGUGACCCCGGCGCAGGAAAACCGACUCGAAAGAGGCCAGUUCGCUUUCCCAGGAGUCCCUUCUUACGUCCAUCUCUCUUGGUGCUCGUUGUGCCUUAGGAAGGUUGCGCCGCACUCAAUGGGCUCAACGCGUUCUCUGUUUUCUGCGCGAUAGCAGCGCAUGGAGAGAAGGUAAGAAAGCAAAGUGCAAGCUUAGCUCUCGAUGGAUGUGUUUUACGUCUGCGUUGAUGUUAAUGUUAUGGCAAAGAAUCAAAACCCUAAAUAAAAAGUGCUUUCCAUGGCCAACUGAUUUCACAAUCCCCCUGACCUCCCCCAACGUGGCGUAAAUGAUUUCUAAGAAACAGGAUUCCCUUUUUUUUUUUUUCGAGUCACUUUUUUCACAAACUGAAAAAAAAAUCAUUUCCCUUUCCUUUCUUUUAUUUCUUUUCUUUCACAGGGUCAGAUGGAGAUUAUAUUUACACCAAGGGUCAACAUUACGGCGCGGAAGAAUGGAUCCUGAAAGCUGAUGAGCAGUCUACCGACGGCCGUCGAGCCGUGGUUCUGUUUGCAAACUUCGGCAAAAAGUAUUUGGCAAUUAGGAAUGGAGAACUUACAGGAGUGGCUGGUUACUCAGAAGACUGCGUCUGGAUUUUGGAUUAA